AUGUGGUGCUAUCCUCAAAUUCCAAAUUUUUAUAGAUUAAAAAGUAAUCAAACAAUUUGUAGUACUAAAAUUCAUAAAAGAGCAUUACUAAUUUCAGGAGAAGUGAAAAACUUAAAAGGUUGUACUAAUGAUAUACUAGAAUAUACACUUAUCUUAUCAAGGGUAUAUGGUUUUAAAGAAAUCAGAAUAUUACAAACAAGUACAUCAGAAAGAAUUUAUGGGAACUUUGCAUAUUCAAUAUUAAAUCAAAUUGAAGGAGUUGUUAUCCACAUUAAUACUCUAACAAGAAACUCAUUUUUAGAAGCAUUUCAAUGGUUGGCAUCAGGGAACGAAUUACCUUAUAUAUAUGAUUCUUAUAUAUAUUCAAAUACUAAUAUACAAGAUAAAUUCUCAAAUAAUUUAUAUUAUGCUAGUGAAUUGGCAUUUGUAUACUCUGGGUAUACUACUUUUGUAACCUUAUCUGCAGCUAAAAAUUUGGAUGAAAACUUUCAUAUUGAGAAUGUUGAAAAUGACAAUUUUGUGAACUUUGGAGAAGAUAAUAAAAAACCCUGUUUUUAUAUAGAAGAUGGUGAAAUAGUUUUGUUUGAUGAACUCGAAUGUAUUCUUUCACUUAAUAUUCAACAACCAGCAUCUAUUACCUGUUUUCUUGAUUGUAACUUUGGUCACUACUUUCUUUCAAAAUAUACUGCAAAUAAUAAAACUACUCCAAAUUGCAACAAAAACAAAAUAUUAACACAUCAUCGUAUCUCUACUUCGCCUGUCUUGAAUUUUAUAUCAAAUAAAAAUCCAAGUUAUAAUUCUUUACAGGUAAAUCCUCAUUUUUAUGUCAUGGAUAGAAAUAUAUAUGAAAAACAUCACAAUCCAGUUGAGGUUUCUAAUCAUCAAAUUAAUACUAAUCAAAAAGGUCAUGAGAAUAUCAAAUAUAUACAACCUCAGAUUAUACAAGAAAAUAUUCAAGAUAGAAUGACAUAUAAAAUCAAUCAAAUCUUGACAGUUGUCAUUUUUGCUGCUUGUAGCUCAUCACAAACUGCUCAAGAAAUGACAUUAUGUUCUCCAAAUGGAUUUAAUUUAUCAAUUAUCCAUAGAGGAUUAUUUUCUUAUUGUUUUCAUUCAUUUAUUAGAUCAUUUAUGAUAUAUAGAAAUUCAAACUAUUUAACAUAUCCACCAAGGGUUCAAGCUACAAAUAUAACCUUAUAUAUGAUAUAUGAAAGAUUAUGCAGUAUGGUUAAUUCAGUAGUCAAUACUAAAAAGUCUGAAUUAAUAUUACAAACACCUAUUUUACUAACAUCACCAAAUAUAACACCACAUAAUACCAAAAUAUUUCAGACAUGCAUGUUACGUAAUACAAAUUAUUUUGGUUUUAUGAAACGAAAUGUUAAUAAUAUAACCAAAUGUUCUCCAUCUAACCUUAUAUAUUGCAUGCCUACUCCUCAAAACCUCUCAAAUAGUGAAAAUUAUUCAAAUAGUGCCUCAUAUAAUUCUACACCAUCUACCACUCACUCAUGGAAUUCAAUAGAUACAUCUAGAAAUAGAUUUUAUAAUAAUAUAGGUCAAAAUAAUUCACAAGAUAUGUUAAAACAAGAGAUUAAACAGCUUAGAGCGGAAUUACAGUUUUUGAAAAGUACAAUACAAGCAAAUACAAAUACAAAUUCUGAGAUCUGUAAUGAAUCUAAUAUACAAGAAAAUAGUCCAAAUUCUUUGGAUACUGAAAUCCGGAAUCAAGUAUUUUCACAUUUCCGUACAUUUUCAGCUAGACAAUAA